AUGACGGCAAUUUGUUUAAGGAUGUAGGCACGGGUCUGAAGGAACAUGGGGAUUUUUCAGAGGUGGCGGCGGCUCCAGCUCCCAGGCUUGCAAACAUGCGUGCUGCACUCGGUGCGUGAGGCAGCUGUGCCGACCCCUCCACACUGGUUGGCAGAGCGGCUUGGCCUUUUUGAGGAGCUAUGGACUGCUCAGGUAAAGAGGUUAGCAAGCAUGGCACAGAAGGAGCACCGGACUAUUAAGAUAUCACUCCCUGGAGGCCAAAAAGUGGAUGCUGUGGCAUGGAAAACAACGCCUUACCAACUAGCCCAGCAGAUCAGUUCAACACUGGCAGAUACUGCAGUUGCUGCUCAAGUGAAUGGAGAACUUUAUGACCUGGAGCGGCCCUUGGAGACAGAUUCUGACCUCAGGUUUCUAACAUUCAGUUCUGCAGAGGGCAAGGCAGUGUUCUGGCACUCCAGCACCCAUGUCCUGGGGGCAGCAGCUGAACAACUCCUUGGUGCUGUCCUCUGCCGAGGUCCAAGUACAGAAUAUGGCUUCUACCAUGAUUUCUUCCUGGGAAAGGAGCGGACAGUCCGGGGCUCAGAGCUGCCUGCUUUGGAGCGGAUUUGCCAGGAACUCACAGCUGCUGCUCAACCUUUCCGGAGGCUAGAGGUGUCUCAGGAUCAGCUUCGCCAGCUGUUCAAGGAUAACCCCUUUAAGCUUCGCCUGAUUGAGGAGAAAGUGACAGGUCCAAUGGCAACAGUAUACGGGUGUGGCAUGCUGGUUGAUCUUUGCCGGGGCCCCCACCUUCGGCAUACUGGACAGAUUGGAGGACUGAAGCUGCUAACGAACUCCUCAUCCCUGUGGAGGUCUUCGGGUGCCCCAGAGACACUGCAGCGGGUGUCAGGGAUCUCCUUCCCCACAGCGAAGGAGCUGAGGGCCUGGGAAGAAUGGAAGGAAGAAGCAGAGUUACGGGACCACCGGCGCAUUGGGAAGGCACAGGAGCUCUUCUUCUUCCAUGAACUGAGCCCUGGGAGCUGCUUCUUCCUGCCUCGAGGGACAAGGGUCUAUAACGCACUCGUGGCUUUUAUCAAGGCCGAGUACACCCGCCGUGGCUUCUCAGAAGUGAAGACUCCCAUGCUGUUUUCUACAAAACUCUGGGAGCUUUCAGGACACUGGGAACAUUACCAGGAAGACAUGUUUGCCCUGCAGCCCCCAGGCUCUGACAGGCUCUCAAGUUCCCUGAGUGACCACUCUGCCAGCCGUCCCACAGACACACUUGCCCUCAAGCCCAUGAACUGCCCUGCACACUGCCUGAUGUUCGCUCAUCGGCCCAGAUCCUGGCGAGAGCUGCCCCUGCGACUGGCCGACUUCGGGGCCCUACACCGGGCCGAGGCCUCCGGCAGUCUGGGGGGACUGACCCGGCUGCGGUGCUUCCAGCAGGACGAUGCUCACAUCUUCUGUGCACCAGAUCAGCUCGAAGCAGAGAUCCAAGGCUGUCUUGAUUUCCUCCGUUCUGUCUAUGCUGUCCUUGGCUUCUCUUUCCACCUGGCACUAUCCACCCGGCCAUCUGGCUUCCUGGGAGAGCCUUGCCUUUGGGACCAGGCUGAGCAGGUCCUUCAGAGGGCCUUGGAAGAAUUUGGGGAACCCUGGGACCUCAACCCUGGAGAUGGGGCAUUCUAUGGGCCUAAGAUUGAUGUGCGCCUCCAUGAUGCCCUGGGUCGGCCCCAUCAGUGCGGGACAAUCCAGCUUGACUUCCAGCUGCCCCUGAGAUUUGACCUCCAGUACAAGGGGCAGGCGGGAGUCCUGGAGCGUCCAGUCCUCAUUCACCGAGCAGUGCUAGGUUCUGUGGAAAGGAUGUUGGGAGUGCUGGCAGAAAGCUGUGGAGGAAAAUGGCCAUUGUGGCUGUCCCCAUUCCAGGUGCUGGUCAUCCCUGUGGGAACCGAGCAAGAGGAAUAUGCCAGGGAGGUACAGCAGAGGCUGCAGGCUGCAGGUCUGGUCUGUGAUCUGGACGCUGACUCAGGACUGACCCUCAGCCGGAGAGUCCGCCGGGCUCAGCUCUCCCACUACAAUUUUCAGUUCGUGGUUGGCCAGAAAGAGCAGAGUGAGAGAGCAGUGAACAUUCGGACUCGGGAUAACCGCCGACUCGGGGAGCGGGACUUGACUGAGGCUGUGCAGCGGCUGCUGGAGCUCCAGAACACCAGGGUCGCAGAUGCUGAGGCAGUGUUCUGAGCUUUUGUGUACAGAUGUGGCAGGAGCUGCCGGCUUCCCUUCACGUGGGAGACCUUGACCUAACUGCCAGAGUCUGGAGGCCCCCAGACCGAUCAGAAUUCAUGUGGAAGCACAAGUUUGCUCUCCUGGAAAGAUAUUUGAUCUGGGGGAAGCUGCAGCUGUUUGGAUGUGAGGAGCAUGAAAGUAUAAAGAAUAAACUUGAAGUUCUUGGGUA